GAUGUUGCGCGUGCGCAAACUUUACGGGGGACAGAUUUCUUGUUGGAUACAUGGCUAACUAUAAAGCUACACCGGCUACAAAUAACGUAACGGGACGAAUUAACGAAAAACGUUAUCUUUUUAAAUAGUCAUUUAGGGAAUGCGGAGGAGACACUAAUGCUUUUUGAAUACUUACAUGAAUGAUUUCAGCGUUAACAGAAAAUUUGAAACGCAAUGUAUUUUAAACAUGGGCCGGCGACAGACGUUCUAAAUAGCGGAGAACAACUUUCAGAGCAAAAGUACAAGAUAAAAAACACCACCCCGAGAUGAAUUACAGUAUUCCAGCCAACUCGCUGCUGUUGUUCCGUGCUUGUGAUGAGGGGGACUACGAGAGUGUCAGGAGGAUUCUUGAACCUGGAGCAAGCGAAACCGGGACUCAGUGUCGAUCUGAAUGUAACGUUGAUCUCUCCCGAGCCCUUUCGCUUGUACCGGUGGAUUGCACGGACGAAGAGGGAAACACUGCGCUCCAGUUCGCCGCAGCGAGUGGUCACGAAAACCUGGUCAGGUUUCUACUCAGAAAAGGGGCCUCCGUGGACAGCCGUAAUAACUAUGGCUGGACCCCGCUCAUGCAAGCUGCAAGGUUUGGGCACCUCAACGUUGCCCAGAUUUUGCUGGAAAAUGGGGCGGAAAUCAACGGCAAGAACAGAAUGGGGGCCAGCGUGCUCACCACGGCAGCCAGAGGGGGCCACACCGGCAUGGUCAAGCUGCUGAUGGAGAGCGGGGCCUUCGUGGACGACUACGACCACCUGGACGUCCCCGAGGGCAACGGCAACAACAACAACAACGGAAGCGGCGGGCCCAGGGAGUUCCUGGACGUCACCGCCCUGAUGGCAGCCGCUCAGCACGGGCACGAGGCGGUGGUCAGGCUGCUCCUGGAGUGGGGCGCCGAUGUCAACGCCACCCUCAAGACCACGGGCUGGAGCCCGCUCAUGCUGGCCACACUCAGCGGGAAGGUGGGCGUGGCUCAGCAGCUGGUGGAGAGAGGUGCCGAUCCCGACCAGGUCAACGUGCUGGCCAAGACCGCCUUCGAGAUCGCCCUGCAGCUCAAGCAGAAGGAUGUGAAAACCUACCUGGACUCCAUAACCACUGUGCGCCCACAAACAGAUGAUGACAAGAGAAGGCCAGAUGUAUUCAGUGCCCUGAAAUUAGGGAACUCCCAGCUGGUGAAGGAGAUCCUGGAUGAGGAUCCGGCCCAGGUGAACAUGGCGAACGGGGACGGGGCGUCCCCGCUGAUGAUCGCGGCGGUCAGCGGGCAGCUGGAGGUGGUGCAGCUGCUCGUGGAGAGGAGUGCGGACGUGGACAAGCAGGACAGCGUCCAUGGGUGGACCGCUCUCAUGCAGGCCACCUACCACGGGAAUAAGGAUGUGGUGAAGUACCUGCUGAACCAGGGAGCCGACGUGAACCUCCGCGCCAAAAACGGCUACACGGCCUUCGAUCUCGUCAUGCUGCUGAAUGACCCGGACACGGAGCUGGUGAGGCUGCUGGCUUCCGUGUGCAUGCAGGUGGAUAAGGACAAGGGCAAGUCCAGGACUAGGACGUCCCUCUCGCGCUCCAAAAGCAGACAGUCCCUCAGCGUCCCUGUACCCCCUGACGACAAGGGGGGGCUGAAGUCGUGGUGGAACAGGAUGUCCAAUCGGUUCCGGAGGCUCAAGCUGACCCACACUCUGCGGCACGGGCUCUCCACCAACCGCCUGGCCCCCUUCCCGGACGACCCCGAGGUGUCUCUGGACUCCACCAUGAAGGCGGACGGGAAGAGCGGCGGGCCCAACGGCGCCAUGGCGAUGCCUCCCGGCCUGGGGAACGCCGACGUGAGCGUGGCGUGGAGCGCCAAGAGCAAAGACAGCGGCAUUGGCAGAACCAGCACAGAAAAAGAUGACUCUCUUAUAACAACAAUGCUGAGAAAUGGCGCUCCCUUGACUCGCCUCCCUAAUGACAAGCUGAAGGCCGUGAUUCCGCCCUUCCUCCCCCCGUCCAACUUCGAGCCCUGGAACUCAGACCGGUCCCGUGUCCUGAAGGAGGGAAAAACGGAGCCGCCCCGCCUCACUAUGCCCCAGAGGGGGAAGGCCAGCUUCAACAGCAGCGGCAACUCCGACAUCACGUCCGUCAGCCGCGUGGUCACCCGCUCCAUCAAGUUCCCCAGCAUCACCAAGGGUCCCGCCUCCCCCUCCAACUCUGGGAACUUCAACUACUCCCCCCACUCUUCUGGGGGCUCCAACGGGGUGGCCGGGGUGAACAGGCACGCGGUCGACCCACACAACCGCUCGGGGGGAAGCUCGGACAGCGUCCUGUCCCAGAUCGCCGCUCAGAGGAAGAAGGCGGCGGGCCUCCUGGACCAGAAGCCCCAGGCCGCCGAGACUCCGCUCCCCGCCGUGCCCGACAUCAGCCUCCCGGACAUCCACAGCACCCCCAGCCUGGUGGCCAGCGACGUGCACUCCCGGAGGAAAAUGGACCUCAUGAAGAGGCCACAGUCGGGAAACUCGUCCACUUCGAAGAGCACCUCUCCCACCCUGACCCCCUCCCCCUCCCCGACUCCCAAACCGCCGCCGGGGGACUCCCUCUCUUCGGCCUCCUCGCACCCGCGCUCCAAGAGCAGCGGCGGCUCGAGCAGCGGCACCAUCACAGAUGAGGAUGAGCUUUCAGGCAUUCUAAAGAAGCUCUCACUGGAAAAAUACCAGCCUAUAUUUGAAGAGCAGGAGGUAGACAUGGAGGCCUUCCUUACCCUGACUGACGGGGAUCUGAAGGAGCUCGGAAUUAAAACAGAUGGGCCCAGACAGCAGAUCCUGGCAGCCAUAUCUGAGCUGAACGCUGGAAAGGGCAGAGAGAGGCAGAUCCUGCAGGAAACCAUUCACAACUUCCAGUCGUCGUUUGGCAGCAGUGCCAGUAAUCCGCGGCCCCCUGGGUACCCUCGCUCUCCAGCAGGUUGGGUCCGACAGCAGGUGCGCUCCUCCAGCAAGAGGUAGUUUCCGUGGCGCUGACCCCCCCACCCCCCCACACGGGGGGAAAAGCUGUGGAACCCCGCAGAUGUGGGCGAAGGAGCCCACGCGUGAGGAAGGAGGGUCUCAUGGACGCCAGUGUCCCAGUGCACAGUCCGGUGCAGGAGGACACUGCAGCGCAGACGCCGGGGCCCCCGGGGGCCCCCGCUCCCGCCCCCUCGCCAGGGGCCAGGGAGGCCCGGGGCCACAGGGCCGCAAACGGCGACCCGCUCCCGGCCGUUCUCAGACAGAGCACAAAGUCAUGUGCCGCAACCGCUUCACCUGCGCAACACUGCUGUCUCACUGAGGGUGUGAACGUGCCCUCGCUCUGUGUAACGGGCUCUGUGUAAUGGGCUCUGUGUAACGGGCUCUGUGUAACGGGCUCUGUGUAACAGACUCUGUGUAAUGGGCUCUGUGUAAUGGGCUCUGUGUAACGGGACUCUGUGUAACGGGCUCUGUGUAAAGGGGCUCUGUGUCACGGACUGUGUGUAAUGGGCUCUGUGUAACGGGCUCUGUGUAAUGGGCUCUGUGUAACAGACUCUGUGUAACGGGCUCUGUGUCAUGGGCUCUGUGUAACGGGCUCUGUGUAAUGGGCUCUGUGUAACGGGCUCUGUGUAAUGGGCUCUGUGUCACGGGCUCUGUGUAAAGGGCUGUGUGUAAAGGGCACGGUAAUCCUGCAAAGCUUCGGUCAGCAUGAAUAAGGGGAUAAGAGGAGGAAACGACCUCUGGUGUGUAGUCAUGGUCACCAGAGCGCCAAUGGCAUCAGAAAGGUUCUGGUUCCUCAAAACGACAGUUGAGGAUGAGUACAAGGAAAAUGCUUUUUUUUCUUCAUGUUUGCAUUUGAUGUUUUUGAGAAAAAUUAAUCUUAUAAGAGGUUGAGUAUAAUUUAUUGUUCUGUUCUAGGUUGUUGGUAUGUAUGCACACAGUUACUAAAAUAUGUGCUUGAGUUUGAUUAUCAUGAAGAUAUUAAAUUUAUUGAAAGGUCUUGUGUUUAUUAUGUAUUUUGCUAUGCAAUAAAUAUUAACGGAGCCAA